UGAAGAAUUUAUGCUCAGGAUCGGAACCGCAACCGUUGGCAGGAAGGGUGAUGACUACUACUUCAAACAACUCAGCGAAGAGGAAAAGCGACAGCGACAGCGAGCUGGCUACCAAACUAUUAGGAACAGUUGGAACAAUUUCUGCGGUUGGUGCAAGCGGAUGAAUCACCCAAUCUCUGUGGAGCACAAAGAGCAUAUGACCCAAUACAACAAGCCAUUUCUACGCAUUGUCGCGAACUUGAGAGACUCCGUAAGGGAAUCAAAGUUUGCUAGUGAUUUUCAUUAUGGGAUCCUGGCGGUAUACACUUUCCGACGAAACAACACCCAAUAUAACAAGCUCAAGGCGAUGAUAAUUCAUUGGACAAUGUCUUCGAUCUCUUUCUUUGGCUCCCAUAGAAUUGGUGAUCUAGCCAAAUCGUCUGCACGAGAAGAUUCCGAGAGGGAGAAAAGAGGCUCACAUUUCAAGGAUGUGGAUAUGUUCGCGAUGUUCAAUGAAAGAACUGGGAAAACACAGCUUUGCAUUCGGUUCACUGAAGAUGAGAAAGGGAAGGAAGAUAAUCCCCAAGACAGAGGCCAGACGACGUUUUACGAAGACAUGACAGGCCCGCUGUAUGAAAAUUGUUUCAUGUUUUGUCUUGUUAUACUGCUUGCGAGAACUCCAUUUCGAGAUUAUCAGUCCUCGAGCAGACGCCAGCUACUACAGAAACUUCUGGACAUCAAGGUAACGAAGGAGCAGCGAUUUGCUCGGAUCUAUUGGAAGCACGAAUUUCUCGGCAAGCAGUUCUUCGAAUGCUCAACGAAAGAUUCGGAAAGCAUUGAGACGGCGUCAUCAUUGCACCGAAGACACAAAGACGCAUGCUAUCGUGCUGGUCUUCCCAAUGCUCCAAACUUUCACGACUUUAGACGUAAAGGACUAACUAAUGCUGACGAAAAACACUAAGAGGCAUCUCGCAUGCGACUCGGAGGACAUGUGAAAGCCGGCAUUUUCCGCAGGCACUACCAGCCCCGAGAAACGAUUGAUGGCGCGGCAAAUUUCCUGGGCCGAGAGCAAAGAAAGGACGUUCUGGAGGUCAGCCAGGAGUUGAACAUCCCCUACGUCCCAAACCUACUGCAAUCCCUACCAGCGCGUGAGCUUUAUGAUCUCCAAGACAGCAAGGAAUAUCGGGAGCUAGAAAGCCAGAUAGACCGAGAAACGCGUGUUCGAGAAGUUGGCAAGCUUAAGCGCAAACUUGAAUCGCUAAAGACGGACAGACUGAAAUGGUUGCGAGCUGGCCAGGCGUUCGACGACCCGCCAAGGUACGAGCACGAGCUCUACUCUCGUGUCAGAUUUAUGAAACCCGAGAGACGCCGCCUUGAAUUUAAUCUGUUCGAAGAGGUUGAAAUGAGGAGUGAAACAGGCUUGCAAGUCAUUGAAGACCUGCUAGCGCU